CACCUCAUUCAGAUCCUUCUGUUCUACUGCAGCACUCACCUGAAGAACCUGAAGAGCCAUGACUUCUGCUAUGCCUGGAGGGUGGACUGACUGGAAAGAUGCUAAUGAAGAAGUGAAAGAACUCUGCAAGAAGGUCAAGCCAAUAGUUGAGAAGCAGACUGGGAAGCAAUUCGCUGUUUUUGAGACCCUGACAUUCCGGACACAAAUUGUAGCAGGAAAGAACUACAAUAUCAAGGUGUAUGCAGGUAAUAAUAUGUGUGCAGUCCUGGAGUUUUGGCAGAAGCUCGAUGGUGAAAUUGCAGUGACGUCAGAGCAACAUUGGUGAACUCAGUUGGAGCAACUUACUUUCGUUCAGUUUAACGAAACGGGCGCCAUCGUAAACGUUUGAUAUACGGUAAGUUUCUUAUCACCUCAAAUAUUAGUAUAUCAUAACCUAAUUUCUACAUGUAAAAUAACUUUGUAAGAGUGUAUUUGCAGAUUUAUGUCGGCAUUAAAGCCAUAGCUGGCUUACUGAUUUGCUUUCUAAAUUGUGAGGUUAUUUUUCCUCUCGUUUGACUUUCUGUUGAAGCCCUUCUGCUCAUAUUGCAAGGUUGAUAAUCUCCUUAAAUGUCGUGCUUUUUGGUGCUCGUAUGCAUAAACGUAAACAGAGGAGUUAACCGAUAUCGACAUAUAUGACUAUGCUUUUCUCUGGAUAGAAGUAUUUCGGUAAGUCUUGUUUCCAAGCUAGGUAGCUAAAUGCUAAACACUAACUUGAUAGGUGGGGGUGGUUUUUCAGUCUGCUGAGGCCGUUUUUGCUAGCGAGCUAAGUAGCUAAAUGCUAGCGAGCUGACUCGAUGUGUGGACGCUGUUAUAAACGCACAUAUUUAAUUUUUAAUGUGCAAUUUGGAGACUGGCGACCUGACCAGGGUGUAUCCUGCCUUCCGCCCAAUGACUGCUUGGAUAGGUUCCAGCACACCCCCCCUUGCUUUCAAAUGACAUGGAUUAACUUCCAUUCAAAGUUAAGAAGAUUUUUGUCAUUAUUUUGGAGAUGCAUGUUUUUCAUUGAACAGCAAUGAUAUGCAUUCAGUAAAUGUGAGGGAACAAAAAAAGAAAGCAGUUAUGCACAGCACAGUCAAUGAUCGUGACUUUCAGGUUGACCAACAUUUGUACGUUAUUAUUUUUGAAGCAAUACAUUUUAUGUUUCAUGUAAACUGAAUUAAGGACUGCAUAUGCAAGUCCUUUUGCUGCAUGCGUAUUGUUUGCACUUUUAAUAAAUGCAGAUAUAUUUGAUGUAUGGAAAUUGAUUCAUUUGAGUGGUUGUUAAGUGGGCUUAUAUUUUAAGAAAUACAAAGGCAACAAAAUUAAGGCAAUAGUUUGUGUUAGACGGGUCAAAAAGGUGUUAUUUUUCUUGAUUUAUCUUUAAAAUACAUUUUGGAUUUGUUUGUGUGUAUUGAUAUGUUUUUAGAGUGUUUGGUUUUACUUAAAUUUUUCGUGUGGUGUGCUGUGUAAUUUUGGGUGUUCUUGAUUUCUUUUGGGGCCGUCUGAUUAUCUCCACCUGAACCUAAUAACUGUCUCUUUAAUCAGCCUAUCAGCGUGGAAAGAGAGCGCGGGUGCUCGGGGACUCUUAUUUUAAAAGCGGACUUUUACAGGAGGAGAGAGAGAUCCAGGGAAGGAGAACAAAGGACCCAGGGGGGAGUAAAGAUUGGUGGCACAGGUGUGCUGUGGGAGUGGACAGCGCAGCAGAGGCGGAAGCAGCCGGGAGCGUGGCUAGAACGCCAGCAGGAUUCGGCGCAGCAUUAGCCGGCAGUAGGGGCUUGGUCCGAGUGGCGCGUGAGUGCAGCGGCUGGCAGCAGAUUCAGGAGGAAUUGCUGGAGCGUGUGCAUGCGGUGACGUCAGCGGCGGCUCAAAGGGAACGCUGGAUAGAAGACCGAGGGUCAUCCUAUACACCACAGGCGUGUUGCUGCAAUGUCUGGGUAGUGGUUUCGAUCACUACCCGGAACUGUCCACUAGGCUAAUUUAAACCCAAGCUUGAGUGCACAAAGGACAUAUUACUGGUCAGUCUUUUCUUCUAUUUUGUCCUAGAGUGACGUGGUGAGACUCAAGGGAGCCGUGUCUACAUCCCCCUGGUUGUUAUGGACUUCUCUCAGUGAAACAGUGAACUGGACUUUCUUUUUUUUAGUUCCCCCUUUGUUGUGUGUUUUUUUUUUUUUUUUUUGUUUGUUUGUUUAUUUAGUAUUAUUCUUUUGUUUUGCGUUUUUGUUUAUUUAUUUUUCUGUUGUUUUGCUUCUGUUUCCAUUAAUCUACCGCAACGACUUAGCUUUUAGUGUAUAUAUUUGCCCAAAGUAUAAAAUAAAACAUUUCUUGUUUGAGUA